AACUUGCUCUUCUUUCAUUCCUAGGUUUUUGUAUUCAGAUGAAGUUCAGAUUGGUCCCGAAACCGUUAUGACCACUCUCUACACAGCCAAGAAGUAUGCUGUCCCAGCCUUAGAAGCUCAUUGUGUUGAAUUUCUCACUAAGCACCUUCGGGCAGACAAUGCUUUUAUGCUGCUUACUCAGGCUCGUUUAUUUGAUGAACCGCAACUAGCUAGUCUCUGUCUUGACACAAUAGACAAAAGUACUAUGGAUGCAAUAAGUGCAGAAGGGUUCACAGAUAUUGAUAUAGACACUUUGUGUGCAGUAUUGGAAAGAGACACACUAAGUAUUCGUGAAAGUAGACUUUUUGGAGCUGUUGUUCGCUGGGCUGAAGCAGAAUGUCAAAGACAGCAAUUGCCCGUCACAUCUGCCAAUAAGCAGAAAGUGCUUGGCAAAGCCCUCUCCUUAAUCCGCUUUCCACUGAUGACUAUUGAAGAGUUUGCAGCAGGUCCUGCUCAGUCUGGAAUUUUGUCAGAUCGGGAAGUAGUAAAUCUCUUUCUGCAUUUUACAGUCAACCCUAAGCCUAGAGUUGACUAUAUUGACCGACCAAGAUGCUGUCUUAGAGGAAAGGAAUGCAGCAUAAAUAGAUUCCAGCAAGUGGAGAGCCGCUGGGGUUACAGUGGAACAAGUGACAGGAUCAGGUUCACUGUUAAUAGAAGGAUUUCGAUAGUGGGAUUUGGAUUGUAUGGAUCUAUUCAUGGACCCACAGAUUACCAAGUUAAUAUACAGAUAAUUGAAUAUGAGAAAAAUCAGACGCUAGGGCAGAAUGACACUGGAUUUAGCUGUGACGGAACUGCCAAUACCUUCAGAGUGAUGUUCAAAGAACCUAUAGAGAUUCUGCCAACUGUGUGUUACACUGCUUGUGCAACCCUAAAAGGCCCUGAUUCUCAUUAUGGCACAAAGGGAUUGAAGAAAGUAAUCCACGAGUCCCCCACUUCAAGCAAAACCUGCUUUUUCUUUUUUAGUUCACCGGGUAACAACAAUGGUACAUCAAUAGAAGAUGGGCAAAUACCAGAAAUAAUAUUUUAUACGUAACUUCAAAUAACUGAGAAGUAAAACUUUGCAUUGACUUGAUAAAAAGGACAGAUGGAAGAUACAGAAUACUGUGAAGCAUUGUAAAUACAUAAUCUCGGAUGUGUUAUGAUGAUACUGAAGUAUUGUACAUGGAAGGUACUAAAACCUAGUAUUCACUACUUCCAGUGGCAGUAUGCAGCCAAAUCGUUCUUGAACUAAAAUAUUCUUACCUGUACAUAAGUAUUUAACUUGAUCACUUUAAAUAUACUGCCAUUGUUACCUGAAAGCUGGAGCAGAAUAUUUGUAUUUUUUUCCUGAAAUAUACAUGUUGCAAAUGAUAUAUCAUUUGUGGAUGGUAUGAUUGCGUUCCUGCACAAUACACCACUUGCAUUCUUAAAACUGAACACUUAUGAAGAGAAGCCGAAUUAAGGUUGAUACAAAUUGCCUCUGUAAUUGUACUCAGUACAGUGUACAUAAAAUGAAAUCUGUUUUGCUG